UCCAUUGAGUCUUUGAAGAUAAGCAUUAAUAAUAUAUUCAAAGGGAGGUUUUUGAGUUUGAGUCUGUGUCUUUCUGUGACAUCAUUUUGUCUUGCAAUACAAAUUCUUCACGAGGUUGUGUCAGUUUUUUUUCUUUUCAAGAAGAACAAAAGAAUCCAAUCUUUACCUGCUUAUUUUAAGGUUUUUUGAUGCCUAAUGUUUUUUGCUCCAUACUGUUCUCUUCACUUCUCUGCCUGCAACCUGUAAAGAUUCUAGAGAUCUUGCAGUUCUCUUCUGAAUAAAACAUCCCCACUUGUGUCCUUAUUUUUGGUCUUCUAACAACACAUGUUUUGUCUAUCUAUAUACUUUUUGUUUCAUUGCUUGACAUUUUCUUAUGAGCCUCUUUCUCUGCUUUGUCAUUCUAAAUAAACUCCAUUUGGGUUCUUGAUUACUGCCACUGAUAUAUAAAGACCUUUCCACAUUUGGGGUCUUGAUUUUGUUCUCUUCAGCAUUGUGCAGCCCUUUGUGUUCUGAUCUGGUAAUUCAAAUUCAAUAGAGAGAAAAAGAGGAAAACAGAUAUGGGUAAAGCUACUAGGUGGUUAAAGGGCUUGCUGGGUAUGAAGAAAGAGAAGGAGAGACAAAAUUUUGAUACUUCGAGUUCAGUUUGCAGUACUGACAAGAAAGAUAGAAAAAGAUGGAGUUUUGGCAAAUCAGGGUCUUCAAGUGGGAGAGACAGUGCUGUAAUUCCUCAAAAUCCGGGAAGAGAUGCAGCCUGGAUCAGAUCCUACAUUUCUGAAACCGAGAAAGAGCAGAAUAAGCACGCAAUUGCGGUGGCCGCAGCCACCGCUGCAGCUGCCGAUGCUGCUGUUGCCGCAGCACAGGCGGCGGCAGCUGUGGUGAGGCUUACAAGUCGGGGGAGAGGGACUCUGAUUGGUGGAGGCAAAGAGAGGUGGGCUGCCCUGACAAUACAGACUCUUUUUAGAGGCUUUUUGGCGCGAAAGGCUCUUCGAGCUCUGAAAGCACUGGUUAAGUUACAAGCUCUUGUGAGAGGAUAUCUUGUCCGGAAGCAAGCUACUGCAACUCUACGCAGCAUGCAAGCACUUAUUAGAGCUCAAACAUCUGUUCGAACACAGCGUGCACGUCGUUCUUUCAAUAAAGAGAAUAGGUUUUUUGGAAAAUCUGUUGAGAGAUUUGAGGAUACGAGAAGUGAAUUUCACAGCAAGAGACUCUCUACAUCUCUUGAUAUAAACACGUUUGGUGAGAGCCCCAAAAUUGUUGAAAUCGAUACCUACAAGCCACGAUCUGGGUCUCAUCGGAUCAGCUGUGCAUUCUCAGAAUGUGGUGAAGAGCUUCCAUAUUCAUCGCCUCUACCAAGCCGAAAUGCAAUCCCUGAUUGCGGAAAAUAUCAAGAUUUUGAUUGGUGCUUCAAUGGCGAUGAAUGCAGGUUCUCUACUGCCCAAAGUACUCCUAGGUUUCCAAACUCGGUCCGGUCCAACGCUCCAGCCACACCAGCUAAGAGUGUCUGUGGAUACAACUAUUUUAGGCCUUACGCCAACUACCCCAACUAUAUGGCAAACACUCAGUCUUUCAAGGCCAAACUGAGGUCUCACAGUGCUCCAAAGCUAAGACCAGAACCCGGGUCGAAAAAGAAGCUUUCGCUCAACGAAAUGAUGGCAUCUAGAAAUAGCAUUAGCGGGAUUAGAAUGCAGCGAUCGUUUGCACAAGUCGAAGAAGCUUUUGGAUUCUGAGAAAGCUGUGUUGAGCAAGUCCUCUUCUUUUUGUUCAGAAAACCAGGAAAGAUUAUGAGUUGAAUUAACUUCUCUUCCUAUUAAUUUCCACAGUGUUGACAAACUAUUUGUGUAAAUCCCUCAUUGACAGAUAUAAUUUUAGCAAGGCUUUCAGUCUCUGUUUUCACUUUA